AUGACUGCAAGCACGCCGAACAGUCUUCGUCUCAGAGCGCGGAAGUCGCGCCCGUCCGUGCUCAAAACCAGGGCAGUGACAAACCUUAGUCUGCUCCCAGUCGAUUGCCACCCAACGCAACCCGCGACAGACGGGCCGGGGCGCCACCCUGAGCCAGGUCAUCGGCCUGACCGGCUGGGAUCAUCGCUGGCUGACACGUCCGGAAUUUCAACAUCGCCUACAUCCCAGCACACCACAUCGCCUGCAUCGACCCCGUCCCCUCCGACUGUAACCCCGAGCAGCCCAGCCGACGACGAACAGCUACAGCUCGAGCUCGAGGCGACGGACGCGAUGCUGAACCCCGCCUCUGUGCGCGGGCGCAAUGAGGACCUGGACGACCUCGAGGAGAAGGGUCUCCUGAUCGGCGGGGAGGGGAGCUCGCUCGAGCUCGAGUCGGGCGGCACGACACCCCGCCGCCGCGCAAAGGGAGAAUCGGGCCACUACGAGAAGCUCGACCUGGGCGUGAAGGAGGAGAGCGGGCUCAAGUCCAAGCGUGACCAGCAGGCGUUUGCGCUCCUUAUCGUGCUUUGGCAUCCCCCUGGGCCUGACGUUCGGCACGCUCCCGUUCUUACUCAAGGCGCACCUGUCCUACUCAAAGCUGGCCGUGUUCGCGCUUUCAACGUGGCCGUACAGUCUCAAGCUUCUAUGGUCGCCGAUAGUCGACGCCAUCUUCGUUCCGAAAUGGGGCCGGCGCAAAUCCUGGAUCGUGCCGGUGCAGGCGCUCCAGCGACGCAGGACAUUGCCGUCGACGGAUGGGCGCUGACGCUCCUCUCGCCGCCGAAUUUAAGCUACGCGAGCACAGCGCAGACGAUAGGACUCGGGAUCGGCUCGGCACUCGCGUUCACCGUCUUCUUGGCCCUGAACAGCGUCGACUUUGCGAACCGCUACUUCCGCAGCGUGCCCGCCGACGUGCCCCUCGUCACACUCGGGCCUUACAUGAAGUUCUGGGGCCUGAUCUACCUUGUCGUGACCGUCUGGCUCGUCUUCUUCAAGACCGAGGACCCCGUCAGUGCCACGGACCCAGACCUGGACGUGAAGAAGGUCUACCGCGUCAUGUGGAGCAUCGUCAGCCUGAAGAACAUCCAAUCCUUCCUUUUCAUUCUCCUCAUCGCCAAAUUUGGCUUCCAGGUCAACGAAUCCGUGACGCAGCUCAAGUUGCUCGAGAAGGGUCUCUCGCGCGAGGACCUCGCCGUCGCGUCCUUGCUCGACUUUCCCGCGCAGAUGAUCGUCGGCUGGCUGGCCGCCAAGUGGUCUCGCCCCUCCCAGUCAAAUAAUGAGCACCGACACCCGCUCUCAGCCCAGCAGACGCGACAGGCGGCGGCCACGGGCGUGCUGAAGGUCUGGGUUGGCGCCUUCUGGGCGCGUCUCGCCAUGGCCUUCAUCGCCGCGUGUGUCGUGUGGCUGUACCCGAGCUCGGGACAGGUUGGGUCUGGGUAUUUCAGCCUCGUGAUCGCGACCAUCCUCAUGACGAGUGUGACCAACACGAUCCAGUUUGUCGGCAUCACGGCGUUCCACACGCAGAUUGCCGACCCCCUCAUUGGCGGCACGUACAUGACCUUGCUGAACACGGUUAGCAACCUGGGCGGCACCUGGCCGAAGCCGAUUAUUCUGAGGUUGGUGGACCUCCUCACUGUUUCGGCGUGCUCGAUCACGGGCGCAGAGUGCACGACCGAGGCGGGCAAGGAGGCGUGCAGCGUCAGCAAGGGCACGUGCAACAUCAAGCGCGACGGAUACUUUGUCAUGACGUUUGCGUGCAUGUCCGUCUCGGCACUGCUGCUGCUGUACCACAUCCUGCCCACUAUCAAGAAACUUAUGGCGCUCCCCAUGUCCGCGUGGCGCGUCAAGAUCCCCGCGUAA